AUGGCCAAAUCGAUACGUGCAAGCAGUCAUCUAAAUGCCAAAUCUAUCAAGAGACGUGCAGUUUUCCAGAAAGUAGUGGACGCACGUGAACAAAGAAUAUCUGACAGAUUAAAGGAAGAUAUGCUCAAGCAGAAGCUAGCAGACCUAAAGAAGAAGGAAGAGCAAGGAAUCGAAAUCGAGGUCGACGAGAAAAAACCUGAAGACGAAGCCUCCAAAAAGAAUGUAAGCACUUCUGGUUGGAGAGAUGGUAGACAUCACAUCUACAAGAAGGCCAAGCUGAUGAAAAAAUCUAAGAAGAAGACAUCUUUCACUAGAUUUUAA